GCAGCGUCAUCACUGCAGCCGUUAUACGAUGGUAGGCUGGAGAGAAGGAUGGUCAGGGCCGCCCCCCGCCUCUAACCCCAACAUGAAAGUGGAACUGAUUCAGCACCGGUUAUAGAACCGAGCCAGGCGACGUUUUUAUUUAUCUGUUGUUACUCUUGAAGAUUCCCAAAAACAACAAUGGAGGACGACUAUGUGUGUGAGUACGACUCUACAUGGGACACAGAGAGUGAUGGAGACGACCCAGCCGGAGAGAGCCAGAGCCGACGGUCUACUCAAGACAAAAACAAGUCAUCCUGGGCUAUAUGGCAGCCCACCCCAAGAAAUAUGAGGGCAGCAAAAGACAUGCAGAACUACAGAAGAGGAUAUCCUAAUCUAACAGAUGAUGAUUGCUCAGAGGACAAAAUGAACAACCUCCAAUUCUAUCUGAAUAAGUUUCCUUCUGCUCCUGAUGAUGUUUAUAUUGAGUCAUUUCUUAAGGAUUGGAAAAAUGACUACAAAAAGCUGGAGAGGGUUCACUCUUACAUCCAAUGGUUGUUUCCACUGCGAGAACCAGGAGUUAAUUAUAUGGCUUCAGAACUCACCAAGAAGGAAAUUGAGGCUUUCAAGAAAAAUGAGGAUGCCAAAAGGAGACUGGUGGAGGCUUAUGAACUAAUGUUGGGCUUUUAUGGAAUACGUUUAGUCAACAAAAACACCGGUGAAGUGAAGCGUGCAGAAAAUUGGAAGGAACGUUUUGGAAACCUGGAGAGGAAUAUGCACAACAACCUGAGGAUAACUCGCAUCCUGAAAAGCCUCGGGGAGCUCGGCUUCGAGCACUACCAGGCUCCGCUUGUGCGCUUCUUUCUGGAAGAGACUCUGGUCAAGAAGACGCUGAGUAACGUUAAACGCAGCGUGCUCGACUACUUCCUGUUUGCCGUGCUAGACAAACAUGAACGGCAGGAGCUUGUGCGAUUUGCUUACCUUCACUAUGAGCCAAAAGACAAGUUUGUUUGGUGUCCCCGAAAAAUCCAGAAACAGUUCAGAAAGGCUGCCAAAAACUCUGAAGUCGCUGGGAAUGUAGACGGGAGGGAUGAAACGUUUUUACACUGUAAAAGCAAAGACGGGGAAGCAGCGGCACAGCAGAAAGAAGAUGAGAUGAAUAAUAUUACUAAGACUAUUAAAGAAUCUGAGAAAAACAAAGACAAAAGCAAACAGCCUGAAGAAUCUUCCAAGCCACCAGCGGAAGAUGGGGCUCUUGGAAAUGGAAAUCUGGAUUCAGAGUCUAAUAUUGGAAAUAACAGCAAUGGAAAUGAAUCUCCAGAUAAUGAUCAAGAGAUGGAACAGUCCCCUUGUCAAGAUGUUGACUCCAGAGAGCAUGAAGUGACCACAGAUGAUGAGCAGAAAUCCACAGGCAGCUCUAAGCUCGCUGUUCAAGAAUCGGACAUUAUGCAAACCAGUGCGGACAAAGAAGCUGAAAAACCUCCAAAGAAGAAGAGAGAAGAUGACGAGUUCCCACAAAUCAACAAACCUGCCGAAGACUCUGCUUCUGCUGCCAGCAUGGAGGAUAAAGCUGCUGUCGAUAAAGCUGCAGGUCAAACAAGCCCAUCAGUCCAAACUCCUCUUAAGACCUCAAAACACUCACCCUCUCCGUCUUCUGAAAGGGAGGAAAAGAUCCCAAGGACUGAUUUUAUAAUGACGGAUAAAACAAACGAAGAAAUGCUACAAGACAGUAUGCCAGCAUCAGAUGGGAUGCAGAUCAGCAACGAUGUAGAAGAAGAACGAAAUGGGACCGAGUCGGAGGACUUUCACAUGGAUUCCACCCCCUCAGGCUCAGAUCAAAUUAAGGGAGCCUCAUGAAGAAGUGGUGAAAGAAAGAAAUUCUUAUAAACUAAGAUUAAAUGUACUAUAAGGACAGAAUAUGACUGAGCAUUUUCUAGGCCUUAUUUUUACUAUAUUUAAUGUUAAGAUGCCAUUCAUUUGUUUUUACUUUAAAUGAAAUAUGGGUUUUGAGCCAAAAGCAGAAAUAUGUUACUAUGAUGCUAUAGUUUAAGGUCUGUUUCUGACUACAACAUCUUCACAACAAAGACGUUAAGUUCUCUAAUGCUGAGUUUUUCCGGCUGUAAUGAAGAGAAGGGAUUCAGUGGUUGUAUAUAUUUAAACGUGCAGAACAAGAACAUAUUUUAAAAUUACAAAGCAUGAGCUAAUGAGAUUUAUUGCUGAUUUAGCGUUUUAUUUGACUGUAAACAAUCUAUACCAAACAAAGGAUCAAAUCUUCAUUUACUCGACUGAUAUAGUCCAAUUUUUUGUUUUUUAUGGUUAAAAAAAUCUAAAGUUCUGUUUCUUGAGGGAAAAAUGUUUUUGAAAAUAUAAUUAUUUCAUAAAAGUGUGUUCUUUACUGAACAGUAUGUUUGCUUGAUACACAGUCCACCUCUUUUUAUCUAAGGUGCUGCUUAUUUCACCAUUGCAUGUGAAUAAAAGAAGAAAAUAGGUGUUGCUUGUCAACAAGUAAAGCUAAUAGUUCACCAGUCUUGACAGCCACCAGAGAGUUAAAAGGUCUUUGCUAAAUAAGCUGGCUGCCCAGGAUGCUAUGAUGAAGCAUAUUUUGGGAAAAUUGGGUGAAAGGGAAAAGUUUCACUGCCAACAGUGCCAUCUGAAGCUGGCCUGUUAGCGGGCUUUUAGCUAGCAAUGCGUAUGUAGAAUGUACGCAAUGUUUUUGUUUUUUUUUUUUUUCAAAAAAAAGUUGACUCAAAUUUUACAAGCAGAUGCUGGAGUUGGAAAAUUAAUUUUUUUCUGCUCAAUGCACAACAUCAAACAAUCAGAGAAGCUGUUCUGUGAGCUGGCAGGGAGACCGACUCAUGUAGAGACGCUAUGUUCACUCCACUGCAGCGGAUUAUUAACGCUUAAUUUAACCUAAAAUGUCGGAACCUUCUGGUAAAAUAUGUUCACUUUUAUUACUCAUGGGUUUGCAGUUGGAGCCACAUACAUGAAAAACGACAACCUCUACUUCCAACAAUCACAGACAGUAGGGGAAAACCCCCAAGAGGCUAAUAGGCCCAAUGCAACUGUUGCUGGGAAUUCCCAGUGGCAGCGCAGAGAAAUAAUAUUUUAAGAAGGAUCUUGAUCUUGAUUAACUCAUUUUUUUGAACGAUGUUUUCAGGUGGACUUUGUCACAUAAAAAAAAAAACAAAUUUUUACCCACUUUUCACAGCGAAUAUAACAAAACCACUCUGCCAUUGAAAACAGGCGCAGCAGACGCAUCUGGAAACACUUUACUGGACGUGCUUCAGGAGCAUCAAAGAUGCUCUAGAGGCGUUUAUGACCUUAUUGUGUACAAGCAUAAAAAAUGAAGCAGCAGGCACUUUUUUUAAUGCGAGGGGUGAACUGUGUGGUACUCUCUUUUCUACAGAAACAGAAUUUUAGAUUUUUUUUCAGGAGCUGAAAACCAUAAUCGUCCAGAUAAAUUUAAAUAAACCAUAUAAAAUAUAUUUUUUUAUUUAACUAAAUAAAUUAACUUUGAAAUUCUUUUCAUUUAGAGGCAGUUCUAUUAGUAUAAAGGUCGUAAUAAACUGCAGAAGUAAUGAAAUUUGGAUUGCAAAGAUUUUUUUUUCUAAUUUAAUUUCACCAUUUUUUGCACUGAGAAAUACUUCUAAUUUACUUUUUUUUUCUGUAUUUGGACUGUUUUUUUCUUUGUAAAACAACGUAUUGUUUCCUAAUCAAAUGAAAUAAGCUGCGUAUUUCCGAUGAAGCUGCACAUGCUGUGAUGCUGAUUUAGGAGGUGGAUUACUGAACUGUUGAGAACCUUGCCAAAAAAAAAGUAAUGAGACUGGCUGAUUGUACUUUUCUAUUUGUUUUGAAUGAAAUGAUAAAUGCUUUGGCUGCGACUCAAACUUUGUUUCUUUAAAAUCGGUGCGUUCAAUGAAAAUGAAAGAUCCAGUGUGAUCGGCAUCCAAUUUAUAACUGCACUGAUUUCCGCUAUGACUUGUCGAAUUUACUGCAUUUUACCUGAACUGACCUUUUUAAGGAUUUCCCAGUUACACACCUGGCUGUUAUGAGAGCUGAAUAAAAGUCAUGCUAUUUUCUGAAAUGCA